CAGUCAUAUACUUCCUGCGCCAUGCUAGCUUGACCCGCUUUGUCAAGAUGGCGUUGCUAAAACAGGGAGGCUGCUGUUAGUUGACAUCCAUCUAACGUAUUUCUUAUUUAGGGAAACGCCAGAUACAGUAUCCACGGACGGGAUGGCAAAUCUGGACCAGAAAUCACCCAAUGUUCUGCUGCAGAGCCUGUGUUGCAGGAUCACCGGGAAAAGUGAAGCGGAGGUCGCCCACCAGUUCCAGUAUGCCGUGCGAGUCAUCGGCAGCAACUACGCCCCCACCAUUGAACGAGACGAGUUCCUGGUGUCAGAGAAGAUCAAGAAGGAAUUGCUGCGGCAGAGGAGAGAAGCAGACGCUGCUCUGUUCUCAGAGCUGCACAGGAAGCUUCAGACACAGGCUGUUCUGAAGCAUCGCUGGUCGGUUCUCUACCUGCUGCUCAGCCUCUCUGAAGACCCCCGCAAGCCUUCCAGCAGGGUUGGAAACUACGGGACGCUUUUUGCCCAAGCCCUCCCCAGGGACGCCCACUCCACCCCAUUCUACUGCACCCGACCCCAGAGCUUGGCCCUGAGCUACGGCGAUAGGGGCGCCGGCCUGUCUGGAAGCGUCGGGACCAGCGGGAUUUCGAGUCUAGGGGUCUACACGCUGAAUGGACCCACGCCGCCUCCGCCGCCACUGCUGGCUGGUCAACCUUCCCAGUCUGCAGCUGCAGUUUCUCAGAUGCUAGGCUCACGGUUAGCUUGGGCGCUCCCUACAAGCUCCUCCCCCUCAGCCGUCUUGGCUCCGCCCACAACCCGGCCACCCCUCGGGCCACAAGUGCCGACCAUCAGACCGGUCCGACCUCGCAGAGAUGGCGAUGCAGCCGGUGAGGUUAACGAGGCAGCGCUGGUGCGGGACAUCCUCUACGUCUUCCAGGGAAUAGAUGGCAAGUUCAUCAAGAUGAGCGCCCAGGACAACGGCUACAAAAUAGACAGCAAGGUGGUGCUAUGCAAGUCCCUGAGGGACACCAGCAGCAGACUGUCUGAACUCGGCUGGCUCCACAACAAAGUCAGGAAGUACACCGACGCCAGAACCCUGGACCGGGCCUUCGGACUGGUGGGCCAGAGCUUCUGCGCGUCGCUUCAUCAGGAGCUGAAGGAAUACUACAGGCUUCUCUCCGUCCUCCACUCACAGUUGCAGGUGGAGGACGAGCAGGGUGUGAGCAUGUGCACAGAGAGCAGCUUGACUCUGAGGAGGCUCCUGGUCUGGAUGUACGACCCCAAAGUGCGACUCAAAACGCUGGCGGCCCUCGUCGACUACUGCCAAGGUCGCAAGGGAGGAGAGCUGGCCUCCGCUGUUCACGCCUACGGGAAGACAGGAGACCCGCAGAUGAGAGCGCUGGUCCAGCACAUCCUCAGCCUCGUCUCCCACCCCAUUCUCAAUUUCCUCUACAGGUGGAUAUACGACGGAGAGCUGGAGGACACGUACCACGAGUUCUUUGUAGCGUCAGACCCAAAUGUGAAGACGGAUCGUCUGUGGCACGACAAGUACUCCCUCAGGAAGUCGAUGAUCCCCUCGUUCAUCACCAUGGACCAGGCUCGCAAGGUCCUGCUGAUUGGCAAAUCUAUCAACUUCCUGCAUCAAGUUUGUCAUGACAGAACGCCGCCGGGCAAAAUCACCCCGGCGUCCAAACCUGCCGACACGCCGAAAGAUGCUGCGGAGCUGCUGUCGGACCUGGAAGGAGCUUUCCAGGAGAAAAUUGACGCGGCGUACUUCGACACCAGCAAAUACCUGCUGGACGUCCUGAACCGCAACUACCUGCUGCUGGAGCACCUGCAGGCCAUGAGGAGAUACCUGCUGCUGGGCCAGGGCGACUUCAUCAGGCACCUCAUGGACCUGCUAAAACCCGAGCUCGCCCGUCCUGCCACCACGCUGUACCAGCACAACCUGACCGGCAUCUUGGAGACGGCGGUCAGGGCCACCAAUGCGCAGUUUGACAACGCAGAGAUCCUAAAGAGGCUGGACGUUCGCCUGCUGGAGGUGUCUCCUGGUGAUACGGGCUGGGACGUUUUCAGUCUGGAUUAUCACGUCGAUGGACCCAUUGCAACAGUGUUCACCAGAGAGUGUAUGGGCCACUACCUCAGAGUGUUUAACUUCCUGUGGAGGGCCAAGCGAAUGGAGUACACACUGACCGACAUCUGGAAGGGACAUAUGUGCAACGCCAAGCUGCUCAAAACCAUGCCUGAGCUCUCCGGAGUGCUGCACCAAUGUCACAUCCUGGCCUCUGAAAUGGUUCACUUCAUCCACCAGAUGCAGUACUACAUCACCUUUGAGGUGCUGGAGUGCUCAUGGGACGAGCUGUGGAACAAAGUGCAGCAGGCCCAGGACCUCGACCACAUCAUCGCUGCCCACGACGUCUUCCUGGACACCAUCAUCUCCAGAUGUCUGCUGGACAACAACAGCAGGUCCCUUUUGAACCAGCUGAGGGCCAUAUUUGACCAAAUCAUCGAGUUUCAGAACGCGCAGGACUCCCUGUACCGCUCGGCGCUGGAGGAGCUCACCCUGCGGCUGCAGUUUGAGGAGAAGAAGCGGCAGAGGGAAGAGGAGGGAGAAUGGGGCGUGACGGCAGAGCAGGAAGCGGAAGAGAAGAGGCGGAUUCAGGAGUUUCAGGACACCAUACCGAAGAUGCGAUCCCAGCUUCGAAUCCUCACCCACUUCUACCAGAGCAUCGUCCAGCAGUUCCUAGUGCUGCUGAUGACCAGUACAGACGAGAGUCUGCGCUUCCUCAGUUUCAGGCUGGACUUCAACGAGCACUACAGAGGAGCGAGGAGUCAGGGCCAGAGAGCCGAGGCUGCGGGCGUCGCUGGGUGCCACCAGAGGGCGCCGUCUGUCAAACAUCUGACGUGAGGGCCGCAGCUCAGACGGUCGACGCUUCCCAUCGCAGCACGAUGUGUGACCUCACGCGCACACGCCACCUCCGCCCACCGCUCUGGAGACGCCAUGGAAGGGGAAAAACAUCUGGAGCAGACCAACCCUGACAGAAUCUGGGCUUGAUAUGAGAAUUCUGCAAAAAAAAAAAAAAAUCGAUUUUAGUUUGAGUGAGGAGAUGAAAGACGCAGCCGUCCGACCGAGAUGUCCAGGUCACCUCACAUGGCAUGCCUUACUAAAGGAGGGAAAACUGUUUCUCAGCCUGGUUGCCAAGUCCAGUCCCAACACACGUUUGUACAUAGUGUAAAAGAAAAGUGUAUGGAUGUGUUGAAGCGUCUCUACACAUCCACAUGUGGCUUUCUGUCUUCCCACUAGAGGGCGACCAAUUUGAAUCUGGGGUGCAUUUCUUUUCCAUUUUUGUUUUCAUAGAGGUUAUUAAAAUAAUACAAUCUAUUAACUGUUAGUACUAUUCUUCAGUAAAUCUGUCGGGAGUUUUUUUUUUUUUUUUUUAACAAAGUUUUAGUAGUUUGGAGAAAACCAAACAACCAAGCUGAAGCCUAAGCCGAAGGAACAAACUGGGGAUGUUUUAUUUACAGUCAGGAUCUGAUUGCAAUAUUUUUCACUUUUUCUUAAAAGGGCAUAUAUCAUAUGUAUAAAGCAAAUCAGAUAUUUAAAGUGUGAAACAARUUACAAUURGCUUUUCAAAUGUGUUUUUUCCUUUUUCAAGAAAGAUCGAUCCUUUACGAAUAUUUUUUUUCCAUGUUAACAGAGUCUUUUGAAUAAUUUKUUCAAAAUAGGAACCAGUUUAACUAGAUGACAGCAUAGUGUCUGUACUGAUGGAAGAAAUUGAUCUGUGCAGAAAACAUGGCAGUAAACAGCUGAACGAUGAAUUUCUCCUAAAAAAAAA